UCCGCCGCGCUUGGCAACUUUCCGUUUCACUGCACUGAGCUAUUAAUAGUUGAUCGUCAGGUUUCAUGCAGAGCGACGAUGAACCAGCUGUGUCGCGUGUGCGGAGAGGACGCCGCGGGGUUUCACUUUGGUGCUUUCACCUGCGAAGGAUGCAAGUCGUUCUUCGGAAGAACGUAUAACAGUUUAGAGGCGCUGGCACCGUGCAAGACCAACAAUCACUGCGUCAUCUCAAAAGCCAACAGAACAGCCUGUAAGCGAUGUCGCCUCAGAAAGUGUCUUGAAGUCGGCAUGUCAAAGGCCGGCUCCCGGUUCGGCAGACGGUCGAACUGGUUCAAAGUCCAUUGUCGCCUGCAAGACGAGAAAGAGCACGGCAGUGCCACGACGCGAGAGAUCAUCCACUACGUGUCAGCGAAGGACAGCAGCGACUGCAAGCUGGAGACGAAGAGCACCGACAGUGGCAUUCACAGUCCCGAAUGGGAUAAGCAUCUGGACAACAGAUCUCCGCAACACUUCUACUCAGGAUACCGAAAGGACGUGUCCCCGCAGUGCUCGCCUGGAGGGUACCAUACUGGUCGCUUGACUGGCCUAUCGGCAGCGAUGUCGCCGGACACGGCUAAGAAGACGCCGCUGCCGCAGGUCAGUCCGCCGACAGCCAUGUCUCAGCUCAGCAUCGACGAACGCUUCACGCCACCGCUGAACUCCUUUACGACGACGUCGUCGCAAAGCGCCCUCUAUAUGUCGCCCAUCUUCCAGGUACCCGGCGCCCCAAUGUUGUAUAAAGCCUCUCCGCCGCAGCCUUCGAAGGCGCGUGCAAGUGCGAUGACCAACGUACCUUACCCGCUGCCGAAGGUGAUGCCGGCGGCUAUGUGUUACCGCUACUACGGCGCAUACAUGCAGGGAGAGACGAACAGACCAUUCUUGCCCGUCAUGCGGCAACAGGGCGCGUUGUCAUGGAAGCGCGACGCUGCGCCGUGCAUCAGUGGCGACACCUGUCGUGCGUGCGUCGACCGCGCGCGAAGAGAGAAGCUUCCUUAUCCUCCGCCUAGCUGCAUACACAAGCGAGAUCGCUUCGUUGACGAACAUUCUGCGGGCGACCAGCAGCCACUAGACCUAUCAACGCGGCCAUUACAGCCUGACCUUUCUACCCGGCCAUCGCAGCCUCACCUCCCCUCCGUCGACGCUGCGGAGGGUAGCAUGGUGACAGAGCAGUGCGAGCAGCCUCUUGACCUUUCCACUCGAUCAACAAAGUCCGCGAAAGUUAGUGCCGACGAACAGACGUUGAGAACUGUGCGUUCGCGGGGUAAGGUGAGAUGGGACACGCCGAAGUACCGUGCCAUGAGCGAGUACUAUCGCUCGCUAUCCGCCGAACCCGAAGAACAGGAGUCGGAGAAGUAUUCAAAGCAGGAAUACUCGAGCGGGACCAAGGGAGUGCAGUACACGCCGACGGUCGGCGAUACCGUGAUUGGGUGUAGAGAGAAUAUUGUCCCCCAGGCGGCGUUACCGAUAAGAAGUAGUCUUGUGUGAGAGAAGCUCUUAGCACGUCUAUCUGCCGAUAAAAUCUGAGCUUGCUCUCCCCUCACUAUUCCUUCGGAAAGCCAACGAGAAGUUACUGCUAUGGCCGGAUUAUGUGCGUGUAUACUUUUUAUGCAGAUGUAACUGCCUUGUGGCAAGGUCUACAGCUGUCGUCGGCUAGGUUUGGCUGUGUGUGCGUUAUUCAUUA